CGUCCAGUUUUGUGCCUCACAUUGUAGCAACAACAUGCGUCGCAGUUCCUCAGCCAGCUGCCGAUCGAUCAGUUCGAAUGCUAGCUCCCAUCACACGGAUGUGGCCGAGCAAUGUGGCCGUUAUGUGUUGCACGAACUCCUGACCACGGAGCAACAAUAUGUGGAGGAUCUGGCAAAUGGCAUUCAUCGCUAUACACGCAUCUUUCAGCCGGAAGCCGAGUUGCCCGAGGGUCUGGUGGGGCAGCAACAUGUGUUGUUGGCCAAUGUGGCACAGAUUGCCGCAUUGCAUCGCCACAAGCUGUUGCCACUGAUGUUGCAACAUCGACAGGACCUGGAGCUGCUCUUUGAGCGCUGGCUUGAGCUCAUCGAGCGUGGCUGCUUCAACUGUUAUGUCCUCUUCACCGCCAGUCAACGCGACAGCAACCGCAUUUUUGACUCUCACGAGCUAUACUUUAAGCGCCUGGAAAUAACUCUCGGAGAUCCGCUCGGCUGUCGAAGCUUUCUCCUGAAGCCGGUGCAACGAAUAACCAAAUAUCCUCUGAUGUUGCAAGAGUUAAUGAAGAAGCUCUUCGAUAAUCGUCAAGUGAUCUCCAAGAGCCUCUUCGAGACAACAUGUCGACUGGAGACGCGACUACGCGAACUGCUGGUUCGAGCGAAUCAAUCGGAUCAACUCAACGAUAUAAGACACUUCAAUGCGUUCAGCAUACUCAGCGAGGUGAGCUUCAUCAGUGUCGGUGAAUUCCCGUUGCAUGAUGCACGAUUGCGUUGCAGUUACAACUGUAAAUUGUUUGCGUUCAACACCUGCCUCAUCUACACGGAGGCCAAAGGUCGCAAGCAGCUGGUGCGUGGCACCUUCAAGUUGCCCGAUGUCUGUUUUGUGGCCAAAUCCAAGUCCUUUGUGCUGUGCAACAAGCAGCGGGAAUGCGAAUUUCUGUGCCACAAUCCAGCGAUGGUCCAGAAAUGGGAGACAAUUGUUCUUCAAUUGCUCGGCAAUAAAUUCGAUAAUAAACUUGAUGAGCUUGUCGAGGCGAAUGAUGAGGAAGAACCAGGAGGAGAUGCAGGAGCAGGAGCAGGAGAAGAAGGAGCGGGAGCAGGAGCAGGAGCAGGAGAAGUAGCAGCAGGAGAAGAUGUAGCUGCCAUACUCGACAAACAACAAAGUCGCACCACAUGGUACACAACACUGUGAAAUGGACAUCGACAUUUUAAAGCAUUUUUAAAGACUUCAAUUUGCUUUCUAUUUCCCUCUCUCUCACUCUCUGUCUCACAUUGUGAUAUCGAAUAGCAAAAACGUUUAUUUUUUCUUUUGUCAUAACAGGCAAUUAAAUUUUUAAUAAAAUGUUACGCAAGUUUAUGACAUAAAUCAAAAGCAUAUGUAAAUAAUGGAAUAAACUCUGUUCUCCCUCUCGCACACCCACUCUCUGUGUGUCGCCCUCUCUCUCUCUCUCUCUAUCGUUGCUUUACAUGCUCUUUGAAAGCUGCACUGCAAACAAAGAGC